AUGCAGCAGCAGUAUCGCGCGUUUGCGCAACAACAGCAGUUGCCGCCACGGCAAGCGCAACCACAGCAGCAGCAGCAGCAGCAACAGCAGCAGCGCCGCGGUGGCAUCGGUCCAAUGAUGUCUGCAGGCCCUCAUCCUCAGGUGCCGCUUACGCAAGCGCAAUUGCAGCAGCAACAGCAACAGGCCUCUCAGGCCAACGACAUGGCGAAGCGUCGAAGCAAGAAACCGACCGACAAAACACUGCCAGACGGAGUCGCGGACUGCAUUAUCGAUCCAGAGCCAGUUCAGCGAUACAAAGACUUGCGAAACGUGGAACGACGCCUGGAUGCGACAAUGACACGCAAGAGGAUGGACGUCAUGGACUCCGUCAGCCGUCCCACCAAGUCCACCAAAACCAUGCGUAUUUGGAUCAGCAAUACGGUCGAGGGCCAGGUCUGGCAGGGGAAUGGGCUGAACGUGGAUGCAUUUGACUUCUCCCCAAACAUGGACGCAACCUACCGAGUCAAGAUUGAGGGGCGGUUGCUGGACGACGACGAAGACGCACAUGAUGGAGAGACGGAUGGGCAAGGGAAGGACGCCGAUGGUAACAAAAUGGACGAGGAUGGCCCUGCGGCGCAGAAAAAGACACCCACCAAGCCCAAGCCACGAUUUUCCCAUUUCUUCAAAGCGAUGAAUAUCGAAUUCGACCCGUCGCGCUACAGGAACAGCAACGAACAGAGCAUUGAAUGGAAGAAGCCCGACCCGCCGGCUCCCCGCAACCAGCAUCCCGUCGCGCUGCCAGCGGCGGCCGAUUUUGACGACAUUUCGUUCAAGCGAAGCGGAGACGAGAAUGUCAACAUCACAAUCAGCCUACAGCGACAUGAGACUCCCGAGCGGUACAAGUUGAAACCAGAGCUAGCUGAGGUACUAGACAUGACGGAGGCGACGCAGCACGAGGCUGUCAUGGGUCUCUGGGAAUACAUCAGGAUGGCCCGCUUGCAAGAUGACGACGAGAAGCGCAACUUUCGUUGCGACGAUUUGCUUAGAAAGGUCGUCGGUCGGGAUACCGGGCAUGUUCCCCUGUUGGCUGAGUACAUUGUGCCACACCUCCUCCCCCUUCCACCGAUCCAGCUUGAGUACACAAUUCGCGUGGAUGAAGAAUUCCACAAAGAUCCCAAACCAACUGUCUACGACAUUCCAAUCACCGUCGAAGACCCUCUGCGGGCUGUGUUGCAGCCCUUCCUCACCAACCCUCAGUAUGCCACCAUGCUGAAAGAUGUGAACGGACUGGACGAUCAGCUAGCGCGGCUGGUACAGGCCGUUUCGGUGUCCAAGGCCAAACACACUUUCUUCACCUCGCUGAGCGAAGAUCCCGCCAACUUCAUCAUCAACUGGAUGAGCUCGCAGAAGCGCGACCUGGACAUCGUCAUGGGCGAGACCAGCAAAGGAGGAGGCGACAGGAUCCACAGCGAUGAAUGGAGGCGAGGCGGAAACAACAGUGUCUGGACCACCCAGAACGCUCGGGAGAGCGUCAACGUACUGCUGUCUAAGCAACCACGGGUGUAA